AUGGCCGAACAUCAGGAGGACAUCAACAACCAGGCCACCACAAGGGUGAUUCGGGAGAAAGAUGAAGAGGCAAUCGAGAGUUUCGAUGAUACCCUCAAGGGAGCCCAGAGGGCCACUGAGGAUGAGCAUGGAAUGGGCCUGAGAGAGGGUAUUCGAAAGUACCCCAAGGCUGUCUUCUGGUCAGUCUGGUUCUCAUCGGCCUUGAUCAUGGAAGGAUUCGACCACGCUUUCAUCACUGGUUUCUUUGCCUUCCCUGCCUUCCAAGAGCAUUAUGGAAAACUGCAGAAGGAUGGGACCUAUCAGGUUCCCGCCACCCUACAGUCCGCUAUUGGCAAUGGAGUCAAUGCUGGAGAGAUCAUCGGUCUUCUGCUGAACGGUAUUCUCGCUGAUUAUCUCGGUUACCGCUGGGUCAUGAUUGGCUGUCUCUUCCUCAUGAUGGCGUUCAUCUUCCUGCAAUUCUUCGCGAACAGCAUCUAUAUGUAUCUCGGCGCCGAAAUCCUCCUAGGUCUACCAUGGGGUGUGUUCCAAACACUCACGACCACAUAUGCUGCCGAGGUCUGCCCUAAUGUCCUGCGACCCUACCUGACAAUGCUGGUAUCGCUUUGCUGGAGUAUCGGCUACCUGCUUGGAACUGGUGUCCUGCGUGCCUUCCUGUCGUCUACUGGACAGUGGGCUUAUCGCAUUCCCUUUGCGCUUCAGUGGAUCCUUCCGAUUCCCCUUGCAAUUGGUAUUUACCUGGCCCCCGAAUCUCCAUGGUGGCUCAUUCGCAAGGGCCGUCAAGAAGACGCAAGAAAAGUUCUGAGCCGACUGCGAGCAAAGGACAGCCCAGAAGAUGAGAUUGCCGAUACCGUGGCCAUGAUGGUACAGACUGUCCGAAUUGAGAAUGAAAUGAAAACUACCAGCAGCUACUGGGACCUGUUCAAGGGCGUCAAUCUGCGCCGUACCGAGAUCACCGUCUUCACUUAUCUCAUCCAAGAGUUGUGUGCUCCUCUCGUUGGCUAUAUCGUCUAUUUCCUCGAGCAGGCCGGCCUUGAUCCAUCUGCAUCAUUCGACUUUGGCAUGGGUGAAUACUCUCUGGCUAUCUGUGGUGUCUUCGUCGCAUGGUUCCUUGUGCCCCGAACGGGUCGACGCACUUUAUUGCUCAGUGGUACGGCUUUCAUGACCGCUACAACGUUCGUGAUCGGCUUCAUGGGUAUUCCAAGCCUCAAGACACAUCCGAACAUUGGCUAUGGGAUUGGCGCCAUUCUCUUGGUGGAAUACUUUGUGUUUUUCAUCACUAUCGGUCCGAUCAUCUACACCAUUGUGACUGAGAUUCCGUCCAACUUCCUCCGCAACAAGAGUGUUGUCCUUGCUCGUGCAGUUUAUAACGUUGGCGUUCUUGUUUACGGUCAACUUGUACCUCAUAUGAUGCAAAAGGCGAGCUGGAACUGGGGUGCUAAGUCUGGGUUUUUCUACGGAGCCAUCAUGGGCCUUGGUUUGAUUUGGGCAUACUUCCGUCUCCCUGAGACCAAAAACCGUACCUUCGCUGAGAUGGAUAUCCUGUUCAAAAAUGAAGUAAAGGCGCGAGACUUCGGGAAGGCUAAAGUAGAUAUUGCCAGUGAGACUGUUUCACUGGAUUGA